AUGCCUCCUAUGAAGUUCCGCAUCCUUAUUUCCAUCAUUGCCGCUUCCAUCACUGCGUUCUUUUUUUGGGGCAUUGAUCGAUAUGACAAUGCCAUUCUUAUCAAGGUAGACCCUCCAGUGAGCCAAGUGGCUUCCGCUAAUUCCAUUCACUCGCAUUCGGAUACCACCAACAAGACGCCUGACGAAAUGUGCCACACUGACAAAACCCUUGUCCCUGCGGUUUCCCUGGGAGAAUGGUUGAUUCGCAAGAACUACACACGCAGCUACAUGCGUGCCAAAUUCCACCCGGCAAACACCAAGUUCAGAUCGCUGGAACCGAUCGAGGGAAGAGUAUUGCCACCGUUUCGCGCGCUAGAUCGUGGCCUAAAGAUCUCCAACAAGAGCGAACCAUGGCCAUGCCCACCGAUUGUUGAUGUCAGCGUCGCCGCGGACCCUCCUAUCGACAGCACAAACCAGCUGCUAUUUGGGCUCGCAACGACCGUUGAAAGGCUGGACGCCAUUUUACCAUCCCUGCUGUACUCCUACGGAAACACCAAAGCAAGUCUCCUAGUCCUAGUGCCGGACAAUCGAAACGAUCUGGACACCCGGGAGGCCUAUUUCCGGAACCGAGGCCUUGACCUCAGCUUGCGACCUUCUCCUCUGGAAUUCACCGCUCGCUACUUUGGCUUGGUCGAAGCGUUCAUGAAAUUUGUCGACGAGGAACGGCCACACACAAAAUGGGUCAGCUUCGUUGAUGACGACACUUUCUUCCCCUCACUGGCAAGAAUUGCGAACAAACUUGCAACAUUGGAUGCCUCGAAGAAACAUUACAUUGGCGCUUUGUCUGAAGCUAGCUGGCAGGUCAACAAUUUUGGGCGCAUGGCCUUUGGAGGAGCUGGAGUGUUUGUUUCCAAAGGACUGCUCGAGGCUCUCCAACCCGUGUAUCGGCAAUGCCAGGACGUUGGCGAUCAGCCCGGAGACCAGAAGCUCGGGCAAUGUAUUAAGCAAUACGGGAAAACGAAACUGACAACUUGGGACUCUUUAUACCAAAUGGAUAUGCAGGGGAAUCCAGAUGGAGUCUUUGAAUCAGGAAAAGAGAUCAAUUCUUUGCACCAUUGGAAUACCUGGUUCAAAAAGGAUGUGGCUAAGAUGAGCACCGUAGCUGUUGCUGCCGGACGCCAUUCGGUCCUUCGACGAUGGCGCUUUGAUGAGACAGUCGAAACGGAUCACACCGGAGUUCAAAAACGAAGCUUCUGGGUGCUGACCAACGGUUAUUCCCUCGUUCGAUACACCAUGGAUGUCAACCUGCCCACUCGCGCAAUCAACUUCGACCACACAGAGAAAACUUGGGGCGAAGAUGGCAAAGGUUACGAAAAUCGGCUAGGUCCGCUGAGACCUGAAGACCAGCGUGGAAUCCAGAAAGACCGGUGGAUGCUCUCCGAUUCUAUGGUUGUCGGGAACAAUGUCCAUCAGACCUAUACUCGAAAGGGGUUGGAAGGCCACAGUGUCAUUGAGCUCGUCUGGCUCGGAAUCAGUAUCGAAAAACGAUGGUUCAAUGGAGAUUUCAAAUCGACAUGGCGCAAAGGUCAAGCUGGUGCCCCUCGAACUGGGUGCCAUAUGCACACUUCGUCGACCAACUCUACACAAAACAAACCCUCAACCUCCAGCUCUCACAUCAAACCAGGCCCUUACAACUUGGAGCGGGCGAAUCCCAAAGGAUUUACCAUUCUCUAUCUGCACCUGCCUACAGAACCGAGCUUCUUGAAUCUUCUCCCGCCAUCUCGCAUGUCCUCUCCCGCCGCCCUCGACGCCUGGGCGCUUCCCCGCCUCGCGAAGCUCCUACCGCUCGACGACGAGUCCUUGAAACAAGUGAUUGCAUACACCGCAAGCUUACCGAAGCAAGAAAGCGCAACACAUUUGAGAAAUUUAUUAGACGACUCCGCUGCCUCGUUGGAAUUCAUUGCGGCGUUUAAUUCGAGGAGGGGCGGCAACGACGGCAGUGCCGAACAGACGCGGACACGGGGUAAAGGUAACAAUGCCGGUGCGGCUGGCAGGAAGAGCCAGGAGAAGAAGGGCUCGAUACAUACACCCACCGCGGUUAGAAGGCCAGAGGGAUACGGCGAUGUGAGCGGGGGAUACGUCAAGUCUCAAAGGGGAGAAGAAUACAUUGCCGGAGCUCUGGCGCAGGUGCAGAUAUCUUCAUCGUCGGCGGGACUCGUCACGGAAUCAGUCGCCAGCCGGGAGGAAAGGCGGGAAAGCCGCCCCCGUCUGCGUCGGGCCCGGUUGAUAUCGGAAUAUUUGCCCAAUGUGAAGUCAAAGAAGGAGAAGGCUGCAGCGACCAGUUCGCCCACACGCGGGAUAAUAUGUGCCCUUGAGGGUCUCCAGCCCUGCUCCUUUUGCGGCACGCCACUCCUAUCCACAGGCGAAGUACAAGACAUCAUCCGCGAACUGCGCGCCGAGCGAGGCGGCCAGAAGAUGCGCGCGCACAACGAGAGCGUCCAUCGUGACGGCGGCGUGCCCACACCGGCAUUCGCCAACGUCAACGAUGCCAAAUUAGAAGCCGCCAAAGCCCAUCGAGACAAGCUGCUCUCGUUCCAAGCGCACAACGCGCAACGCACGCGCGUGGUGGACGAAGCGGCGGAUUUCGACAUGCCCACCAGCGCAUCGACGCAGUGGAUGACGCCGGCGCAGCGGGCGCUGGCGCUUAAGAAACAGCAGCGGCUAAUGCGGGAAAUGGAGGAGCGGAAUCGGCCUGAGUGGGAGAGGAGGAGUGUGGUGAUGAGUUUGGAUAUCAAGAAGGGAAAGGUGGUGCGGACGUUUGAGCGGGGAGAGGUUCCGCGGACGGCUAGUGGUGGUGAUGAUGAUGGGAUUGAGGAUACGGAGGCCGGUGUGGAAACCAGAGGCGGAUGGGGGAGGGGAUGCUGGAUUGCAGACGAGAAGGAGAGAACAGAGGCAGACGUGGAGACGGGUGCAGGAUGA